CAGCACAGGACGCAAGGAGAGCAUAGGUCCCAGGCACACGGAAGAAUGGAAACUGAUUGUUACAGCUCUUGACUUUUUUUUAAAUGUUGUUUUAUUGUGUUUCUUUUAGUGUAUAAAAAUGAGAGUGCCUGUUAUCCAGCAUUUCAGGGUGGGUGAGAGUGAGGAGGAGGAAGAUGAGGAAGAAGAAAAGGUAUUCUGCAAGCCUGUUACUGAGGACAGAAACAUGGAAUUGGCUAAAAGAUGCACUGAACUGAUAAGUGAUAUACACUAUAAAGAAGAGUAUGAAAAAUCUAAAGGGAAGUGCAUAUUUGUUCCUGACACCCCUCAGCUAAAUCAUGCGAAAAAUAUCAGUGCUUUUAUUUCUGAGGCAAAGUACAAAGGAUCUGCUAAGAAAGACCUCUCCAAUUCUAUCUACAAGCAAAUGCCAGCCACAAUUGAUAGUGUUUUUGCAAAAGAAGUUACACAGCUUCAGAGCAAGGUACUCUACAGACAGAAGCAUGAUGCUGAAAAAGGGGCAUCCAGUUAUGCUCACAUGAAGGAGCCUCCAGAUGUUAUGCAUGCCAUGGAAGUCAAUAAACAUCAGAGUAAUGUGUCGUAUAAAAAAGAUGUAGAAGAUAUGCAUAGAUACACUGAGGUGCUGAACAGGCCAGACAUAAAGAUGGCAACAGGGAUAACAAAGAUAAUAAGCAAUACUAAGUAUAAGAAAGGAAGAGGAGAAAUGAAUAAGGAGUCUGCUGUACUUGGAAGACCAGAUUUCGAGCACGCUAAAGAAGUUUCUAAACUUUUAAGCCAAGUUAAAUACAAAGAGCAGUUCAAAAAAGAAAUGAAGAGUCACCAGUAUAAUCCUCUUGACAGUGCUGCUUUCAAACAAGCACAGAUUGCAGCUACUUUGGCAAGUGAUGUGAAAUACAAAAAAGAUAUGGAAAGCUUGCAUGAUCCAGUUUCAGACUUACCAAACUUGCUGUAUUUAGAGCAUGCUUUGAAUAUCAGCAAAACACACAGUAAUUAUGAAUACAAGAAACUAUUUGAGAGAAGCAAGGGACUUUAUCAUUUUGCCUUGGACACAGCUGAACAGAUGCACCACAAAGAAAAUGCUGUGCUUCAAAGUCAGGUGAAAUACAAAGAGGAUUAUGAAAAAUCAAAAGGCAAAUCAAUGCUGGAGUUUGUGGAUACACCAAUUUAUCAGGUUUCAAAGGAGGUUCAAAAGAUUCAAAGUGAGAAAGCUUAUCGCAAAGAUUUUGAAGAAAUGCUCAAGGGAAAAGCAACGUUGGAUUUAGACAAGACUCCAGAAUUUUUGCACAUAAAACAUGUCACCAAUCUCCUCAAAGAGAAAGAGUAUAGAAAAGAUUUCGAAGAAGGGAUUAAAGGAAAAGGACUGACUGUGUUUGAAGAUACGCCAGAUUUGAUUAGAGUGAAAAACGCAGCCCGGAUCCUAAAUGAGAAAGAAUACAAAAAAGACCUAGAGACUGAAAUUAAAGGCAAGGGCAUGCAAGUGGGCACAGAUACUCCUGAAAUACAACGUGUCAAGAAAGCUUCUGAAAUUGCAAGCCAGAAAGAAUACAAGAAAGAUCUAGAGACAGAAAUUAAAGGGAAGGGAAUGCAAGUGGGCAUGGAUACCCCUGAAAUACAGCGAGCUAAAAACGCUUCUGAAAUUGCAAGCCAGAAAGAAUACAAGAAAGACUUGGAGACUGAAAUUAAAGGGAAGGGGAUACAAGUUGGCACAGAUACCCCUGAGAUACAGAGGGUCAAAAGAGCUUCUGAAAUAAUAAGCCAGAAAAUGUACAAAGAUGAAGCAGGGAAGAUGCUCUGUAAUUACUCUGCUGUACCAGAUACUCCAGAAAUUGAGAGGAUUAAGAGUACUCAGAAAAACAUUAGUUCGGUGUUUUAUAAGGAGGAAGUAGGUGCUGGAACUGCAGUAAAAGAGACUCCAGAGAUUGAACGAGUGAAGAAAAAUCAGCAGAAUAUUAGUUCAGUAAAGUACAGGGAAGAACUUAAACAAGCCACAGCUAUUUCUGAUCCCCCAGAAUUAAAGAGAGUCAAGGAAAACCAGAAGAAUAUUAGCAAUGUCCAGUACAAAGAGCAGCACUGUAAAGCUACAUCUGUGAUUGUCACCCCUGAGAUCGAGAGAGUCAAGAAGAAUCAAGAAAAUGUCAGCAUGGUGAAGUAUAAAGAAGAGAUUAAACAAGCCACAGCUAUUUCUGACCCCCUGGAAUUAAAAAGAGUCAAGGAAAACCAGAAGAAUAUAAGUGAUGUCCAGUACAAGGACCAGCUCUGCAAAGCUACACCUGUGAGUGUCACCCUUGAGACUGAGAGAGUCAAGAAGAAUCAAGAAAAUGUUAGCAUGAUUCACUAUAGAAAGCAGCCUGGCAAAGCUACUGCUGUGAGUGUCACUCCUGAGAUGGAAAGAGUCAAGAAGAAUCAAGACAAUAUCAGCGUGGUUAAGUACAGCAGUGAUCAGAGGCAGAUGAAAGGUAGACCUAGUGUGAUUCUAGACACACCUGAGCUAAGGCAUGUCAGAGAAACACAGAACAACAUCUCAAUGGUGAAAUAUCAUGAAGAUUUUGAGAAGACAAAGGGCAGGGGUUUCACUCCAGUGGUGGAUGAUCCUGUGACAGAGAGGGUGAGAAAAAACACUCAGGUUAUGAGUGAUGCUGCAUACAAAGGAGUCCAUCCACAUAUAGUCGAAAUGGAUAGGAGACCUGGAAUAAUUGUUGAAGACCUCAAAGUUUGGCGCACAGAUCCUGGGUCCGUCUUCGACAUUGAUCCUCUGGAAGACAAUAUUCAGUCUAGGAGUCUGCAUAUGCUUUCUGAAAAAGCAAGUCGUUACAAUAAACAGCAUUUCCAUUCUACCAGUGCUAUUGGCAUGAAUCUGGGGGAUGACAAAUUAGAUGGUUCUGAGAUGAACUCUAGCUUUUCUUACAGCAGUGAGGUAACAAGGCCAUCUGAUGAAGGAGCCCCUGUGCUUCCUGGGGCAUAUCAGCAAAGUCAGUCACAAGGGUAUGGAUACAUGCACCAGACCAGUAUGUCAUCGAUGAGGUCAUUGCAUUCCCAGCCACAUUCAGCAGGCCUGAGAACAUACAGAGCUAUGUAUGACUACAGUGCUCAAGAUGAAGAUGAAGUUUCCUUCAGGGAUGGUGACUAUAUCGUCAAUGUGCAACCGAUUGAUGAUGGCUGGAUGUAUGGUACUGUUCAGAGAACUGGGAAAACAGGAAUGCUUCCAGCAAAUUAUAUUGAGUUUGUUAACUAGUUUUUGUCUCUAGUCCUUUAAGCUUUACUCAAAACUUAACCUUUUAAAAAAAUCAGAGAAAACUUUUAUGACCACACACUCAUUACUUUGUCACUGUUAUAACAGUCCACAUUCACAAACAUAAACCAACAUACUGGUCCUUUACUGAAAAAAAAAUCAACAAGAAGCUUUGAGCUUGAAAACAGCAUUGCUUAAUAAUAAUGCUCUCUAAAAGCAUCAUGUGGAAGACUGGUGUUGCUAAUCACGUAAAGGUUUCUGUCAAUUAAUUGUGAAGGAGAAAUGUCUUUCCCAUAGAUACAAAGAGGUUCUUUCUCUUUUAAACAUAACCAUUAAAUGGAUUCUUUUCUUAUAUCACUUUGCAGUUACAAGAAACUUAAUACUCUUAGUUUAAUAACACUUUCUAAUAAUGUGAAAGCUCUUUAACAUUUGAGCAGUUAAUAUGUGAAUUAAAAUGAUAAAUCAACAAUUUUAAAUAAUGGCGGGUAACAUACUGGUAGAAGUCCUACUGCCCAGCAGCCUUAUACGUAACUUGAAAGUCUGCUUUGACAGUGAAAAAUUCUCAACUCCCACUUGCCCACACAAUUUCAUUCAUUGCUGGAUCUUCCAUUUGCUCUCAUUCAUGACUGUGACCUUCCCUUCUGUCAGUUUGGCUUGCUACCUAAUUCAUCAGUUGUGACUGUUCCUUGAUUCAUGGCAUAUUGGUAUCUUCUACACAGAACAUUUCCCAUAGACACUAUCCAGAGUGCAAAACCUAAUUGCCACCUCUUCUAUUUCCCUUUAAUAAUACUUAGCAUUUGGAUAGCAGCUUCCAUUAAAGCAUUGUACAUGCAAUAAUUCACUUCACUUCCUUUAUCCUUCUCUGUAUUACUGCUGUAAAUAGCCAGGCUGGGGCCCACAUGACAUGUGGCAACAUGAAACACACAGCUACAUUCCUUGUUCUAACAAGUGACUAACUUAAUGGCAACUUCGCUGACAAGCUGAUAUACCCACCUCUGCUGCAUCUCCAUAAACAAGUUGAGAGGAGCUCUUAUUUUGUACUGAAUUUCAGUCCAAUGGCAUACACCUUCAGUUUCUUCCAAAACUUUGUCUCUGUAUAUGUGAAGCCAUUUGGUUAUCCCAAAAUGGGCUAUACCCAUACAAAAUGAUUAAUGAAAGACAAAUGUAAUUGACCUCUGCUGAUGCUCCCGCUAGCACCACAGGAAUGCUAAGCAUACAACUAUUCUACCAGUUCUGUUCCACCUUCCUUCUUUACCUAAGGAUAAAAAAGGAAAGCUAUCAGCUGGGUUUUUUUCAGGUAUUUUUUAUCCUUAAAUCUAACAGAACCCUUCAUUCCUGCAUAAAAAAUCUUCAGAUUUUGGUUUCAGUACUAAACUGUAAAUAUUAUUGUCCCAAAUUUUAUGCAACUUCAUUACUUCUCUUCUGCUUUACACUACAUUCAGACCAAGCUAAAGGAGAAAAACAGUACCAGCUGCAAUCUUUCUGGCUUCGAUUUUCUAAGGCAUUAUCAGGACACUAUCUAGAAUGCAGCCAUAUUGCAGACAUUCUGAUUUUGUUCCUGAUAAACUGUAAGCUAUUUUUUCCAGUGCUCCUUCAGCUUGGGGUCAGGAUUGAAGGAUUCAUUGGUAUCUCAUUAGUCAGAUGCAACAGGUGAGAUGCUUUAUCACUGAAGUUCCAGGCCUGAGAAGAGAAACAUAGUGUCAGACACUCCAUCACAAAGCUCCAUUGACUUUAACUGGACUCCUCUUGGAUGCUUUGUUCCUGUCAUGUUGUUUUCCUUACAGGAUUCGCCUAAGUCAGAGGGAGGACAAAAUCCUGUAAACCUUCAUGGGGAAUGUGUAUAUGUGUGUUUAAGGAACACAUAUGGUUGUUUUUUUUAUUCUGAUGGUUCAUAAAUUCUCAUGUAUUCAGACAUGAGUUAAAAAUACUAGCCAGAGAGCUGCCAUUUGAAAUUUGGCAGGUGUGCCAGUGAUCUUGUAUGCAUUAGAUUUACAAAAUAGAGACUAAGUUAUACUAUAUUUUUUGAGAGUUUUAUAUUUCUGGUUUCACAAAGUCACCAAGCCGGCACUAUUUCAUUUAACAGAAAUGAAGGAAAGCAGUAAGUAUUCAUGAUGGGAGAAACCCCCCCCAAAACAAACAACAGCCACCCCCACCCCCUCACCACAAAACCCUGUUAGUGCUAGACAGCUGCCAGCUCUGCUUUGCAUAAUAUUUAAAAAUAACAAGUUCCUGCAAUUCCACUGGAUAGUUGAGUAGGGGGCCUAUCCAAAGCUGGCAGACAGAGAACAAUAACUUUCAAUGAUUAUGUUUAAAAAAUAUAGUAGUGAGUCCAUAAAUAUUGAAAAGUAAGUGGGGUGCCUAUAUUUUCUUGUCAGAGAACUCAUUUUAAGGAUGAUGCUUUUAGGGUUCAGGAGCAUGUCCUGAGGUGGUUAAAACCAGGAAAAAUAACUUGGUAAGGAUGGAACUUUUUUGUUCCAUAGAUAAGCCUGAGUCUGCAACUACACUGUGCUUUUAAUAUUCUGUGGAAGACUGUGAGUUUUGCUUAGGGAGCAGCUGCAGCCACAGGCCCUUAUCCUUUAUCGUUGACUUCCAUAACAAAUUGGCUAGCUUUGCAAGUCAAACAACUUCUUUCAAGCUGCUGAUACUUUAAGCCAAGCCUAAAAGCUUUCUGAAAAGCAGUCUGGUUUUGCAUCAGCUAUAAUCACAAGUCUUCAACAACAGAUACGAAAAUCACACUUUAUGAUGGUUGGCAAUUUUUUCUGAUGAUGUCUGAGGUAGAACUGGAUAUCACUUGCUGUUGUGCUGCUAUAUUAGCUUUGUAGUGCUGACAACAGUAAAAAUAAGUUGUCAGUGUGCUAAGCAGAUAUAAAUAAAAAGAUGCAUAAGGUACAGAUAUAUAUAGUAUCAAGUUGCUGUUUUUAGUGUCUUAAAAAAAAGCCCAUAAUCACACUAGCAUUCUUCACAUUAGCUUGGAAGAUAAAUAUUUAGUAUUGAACUCUGUAUGUAUGUUAAAAAGGAAAUUCAGAAAUAAAUAUUUUAUGAAAUUAGAAGACUAUGUUAUGCUAAGCAGUGGAAAUAAAAUUAUCUUUUUGAAUUUUGAAUAUUCUAUAGCCUGGCAAAGUAUUUAAAGCAAUUUCCAAAAUAAAAAAGGUCAAGAAAACAAAACAGUAUGUGAAUCAUAUUUCUCUUGAGAAUGGUAUAUCAUCAUAAUUACUGAUUUCUGUUUAAAAUAAUGAAUGUUUAGCAUUUCUCGUAGUGAAAUCUUUUACUAAUUCAUGUUCAUUUAGCUUUUAUUUUAAUAUACAACAAACUAAAUUCUCAUUACAGAGCACUGUUAUUAGCAGAGUUUCUCAUUACUCAGAAUGAGUGUGCCCAGUUAGCAAAAUCUUUUGACACCAAAAUAUUUUCUCUACAAAAUCUCACCUGAACACCCAAAAUUUGCAAGCUGUUUCUUACAAGGAGUUUCUUAGGCCAUGCUAGUAUGCAGUGGAAUGUCAGGAUAGUUCAGUGCAAAAUACUGCUUUUUCAUCCUUAAAAUAGCCAACAAGCAGGGAUAGUGCAAAUCUAGUUCUAGUUUAACAGUGUUUCAACAUUACUCUUUGUCUGUUGCUUACAUAGACACAUCUCACUGGAGAAGGAAAGGACCUGUCUAAAGAGGCAGUUUGCUGAAAAAUUCUAUACUUGGGAGUUCAUUCAUCUCUAAGGACAUAUCUACAUGUCGCCUGUUGGAAGUAGUAAUGCACGGCGCAGUACAGGUGGUUACUGCACCAUGCAUGUGGCACACAGGUAAAUUUUGCCACUGUGUCACUGUAAUGGCAUGCUACACCUGGCGCUACACACACGAUCACUACAUCGCCAUAGCAUGCUGUACAGCAACAUAGCACAUCGCAUAUGUAGACGUGCCCUAAGGGUUGCAAAAAGAAGGGCACUAUAAUAUGCUAUUUUUCUUUAUGGACACAUAUAAAGGUAACAUAGUAAAUAAGAUAAAAAUACACAUAAACAUACAAAAAACAAGUGGGUGCCUUGUGGCUCAUUAUCUUAGUUGCCCAUUUACUUGCCCAUCUUUUUUUUUUUCCCUAAAGAAAGCUAGAGAUACUUCAGCUGUCAUAAUCCAGUACAGAAGAUUAGUAUUUAAUUGAUGAAAUGGGAUUCUCGUGAUUACAUUUGAUAUACUACACACCAUUUAAACUGAUCAGGUUUUUACAGGAAAUCAUCAAUACAUUAUAUUCUUGAUAAAUACAUCUCUUCUAAGAUAUCCUUGGGGAUAUAGAAGGCCUCAAGCACUGAGGAUGACAUUAAUUUUAGUUUUUAUGGUACAAUGACUACACAUCACCUUAUGUUAUAAAAUAGUCAAAAACACAAAGUGGCAGAAUGUGGAAUGAGAAAUAAAAUCUGUUAGACUUUAAGUGUUUUGAAUAGCAUUCUCCAUUAAAUAUGGAGCAAGCUUUAGUGGCUAAAUAUUUAAAUUGUGUCCUAAAAAGGGCAACAGAUGCUAUCUAAUGGUAGAUCUCCAGACUACUGCAUACACCUGAGUGUUUUGUGCUGGCAGAGGCAAAAUUGCUGGUGUGAGUUAAAAGAAUAAAGCAUUCUGCAAUGCUUAUGCUGUAGGAACCCCCAGCUCCAAAUCGCUCUCUGGAAGAAAACUUGUAGCUAUUUUCCUUCCUUACCUUCCUGCACUACAACCGUAUACUGAAAGGAAUUCAUAUGCUUUUUUGUGUCUGUUACAUAGAGUUUACAUAUUGUACUUAAGUUGUAAUCCGGUUGCUGUUGAAACUCUUUUUUUUUUAAUUUUAGGGGGAAAAGUAAGUUAUACUGUAGCAUUACAAUCAUGUGUACUUAGUAUUACAUAUUACAAGUUGCUAGGCCAACAGAAAGCAGCACUGACUGUAUUAAUAUUGAUUAGCAUGAUGUGGAAACACUCUCAGCUGUUGGUUUUUGCAAUGUGAUAUAAAAAGCAAAAAUGAACCGCUCUGCAGUUUGGCAUAUAUUUGCUUUAAAGUGUGUAAAGUUCUAGUUAUUUUGCAAAAAUGUACUUUAUUUGGGAAUAUGCCGUUAUGAAGGAAAUGUUUGUUUUUUUUUCAAAGGAUGGGAAUUAUUACCGGAUUCUUUGCUGUAUUGCUUUAAUUUGGCUUUUGUUAUGCAAAAAGUUAACACCAGCUAUUAAAAUAUAUUUUAGUAGAAAUGCUUUAAUUCCUGUUUUUUCCCCUCUACACUGUGAAUCUUUAAGCCUUGGUGGACUAGAGCAACAUCAUGCUGCCCAAGCUACUAACCUAUGCAAACUAGUUCACAUUUUAGUUGUCACAGUGGAUGUAACAUAAAAAUUUAUUUUGCAUAACAUGAUAUGGCAUUCAAAUAAAAUAGUAAACCCAGCAUUAUGUAUGUACUAUAUUAAUAAACAACAUGCUUCAAAGCUACCAUACCCAUUAAUAUAGUUUAUAAGAGUUAAGUAUUUAUUUCUUUAACCAAGGAUGCUUUACUUUUUUCAGACAUAAAUGGAAAAUAUGCCAUAAAUAUGGCUGAAAUCUGGUUACCAGACGUGUUUUCCUAAAAUAGCAUUUUAUUUCAGAAAUGCACUCUUUUUAGGCAAUGAAUAUGCUUUCUUCAGACUGUAUUUGUAACCCAUCAAUAGCACAUUCAUUUCACAUUUCAUCUCCCUUGGUUUGCUUAAAUAAA